AGUAGAAAUACCACACCGGCCAGUUGUUGUUCCGAGUCAUUUUACUGCCUCCCAACCAUUAAUGGUGGGAAGUUUUUAUGAAAUCUGCGACCAAAGUUAAAAAGGGAAAAAAAGCUACAGCUAGCAGCCCUUCUUCCAUUCGCUACUUCUGGCGCCAUUUGAAUACAGCCUCUUUGUUCAAACUUCUUCUUCAUCUUCCUCGCUUCCUCUUCUAGAAUCGAAAAACAAAACCUUCCUGGCUGUACACCCGCUUCUCUGUCCUGUUCAAACGUAUUUUAUUCAUGGAAGAGAAGGAGAGCACGGUUUCUGGGCCACUCGGCAACUCGGACACCGAUUCACCCCCAGCUCCGUUGAGCAACGUGGCGCCACUGGUGAACAUGGCCGUAGACACGAGCCUUGGCAUAACGACAGCCCCGAACACCGCGACAACCACGAUUACAGCAACUAGUAUGACACCGGGGAGCGCUGAGUUUCUUGGGAAAAAGAAGAGAGGGAGGCCAAGAAAGUACGACGCAGAUGGGAACCUUAGUCUGUCGUACACAGUGCCACCAUCGCCAGGGUUUGCCUUUUCGCCUUCUUCUCCCACUUCUCCUUCUCUGUUCUCUUCCAAAAGGGGACGAGGCAGGCCUGCUGGCUCUGGCAACUGGCAGCUUCUUGCUUCUUUAGGUGACUUGUUUGCGAACACGGCAGGAGGGGACUUCACACCGCACGUGGUGACUGUUAAUACUGGGGAGGAUGUUGCAGGAAAAAUUCUUUCCUUUGCUCAAAAGGGACCUCGAGGAAUAUGCAUUCUCUCUGCUAAUGGAGCUGUUUCCAAUGUUACAAUUCGCCAACCUGGUUCUUCUGGUGGAAUCUUGACAUACGAGGGCCGCUUUGAGAUAUUGUCUUUGUCUGGAUCAUUCACAGUCACCGAUAACGGUGGUACAAGAGGUCGAACUGGUGGAUUAAGCGUCUCAUUGGCUGGUCCUGAUGGUCGCGUUAUAGGUGGUGGUAUUGCUGGUUUGCUAAUGGCUGCUGGCCCCAUCCAAAUGGUUGUUGGAAGCUUCAUGCCAAACGGUUAUAAGACACAUAAAAGGAAGCACCAUCGAGAACAAACCAUGAUGUCCCCAGUUUCAAGCUGUGAUCCAGACAUGGUGACAGAUGCGUUGCCUCUUUCACAAUUACCAAAACCUGAGGACCAGACCAUGUGUGCCCCAACACAGUUACAGGGGCAGAACAAAGCAAAAGCAGAUAACUACAGGAGUGAUGAUAAACUGAAGAACCCAAAUGGCACACCGGAUAGUGCUGGUUGGAAUAGAUCAGAGCCAACCUCAGAGCAGGGUCCAUCUCCUGAUAUCAAUGUCUCUGCUUCUGGGGAAUAGAAUCAUUGGUGUAUCUAGGAGGCUUGGAGGCUGAAGAGAUAAGACUGAUUAAUUUGAGUAAUUACUCUGAAACAAAUAGAUAUAAAAUGUUGAAAAAUGCCAACGUAGGAUUAGGAAUUAGUAACCAAUGCAGCCUCAAAUUUUUAGCUUGAACUGCUGUGUGAUCAUUUUAAAUAUGAAAAUAUUAGUGGACUGUAAGAUCAAGAUCA